UGAUAGCAUAAGCUUACUAUAUAUAUUAUUCAGAUAGACAAAUCAACGAGCCGGGUAUUUUUGUUGUGUGAAAGAUCUGAAUUUCCCCUUUAAAAAUCCUUGAGUGAUAUGUAUAUGGACCCAUAGAUCAUUAUAAAAAGGAAAUCUGUGCUCAAAAUCCUCUUAGUAAUUGAUAUUUGUGUGUGAUCGAACAUUCUCAGUAGAAUCUUCAAAUUUAUUAACCGUAUAUAGUAUAAAAAUAGCAUACUAGAUAGAUCAACUGUUAUAAUUCUUGAGUGAUAUAUAGACCCAUAGAUUAUUAAAGAAAGGAAAUCUGUGCUCGAGAUCUUCUUAGAAGUUGAUAAUUGUGUGUGAUCGAACAUUCCAAAUAGAAUCUCCAAAUUCAUUUACCGCAUAAUAGUAGAAGAAUAGCAUACUAGAUAGGUUAACUGUUAUAAUAAUGUAUGAAAUCAUUCAAACAUUUUUUAGCAUUUUUCUCUUUCUCUCAAUAAAUGGAAUAAUAAUUCAUACACAAGCUGCAGAGGAUUUGGAGGUGGGAGCAAACGGUUUUGAGCCAGACUUCCUGUACCCUCUGGAGAACGUGACCAUUGCUCAAGGCAGGGACGCCAUUUUCACUUGCGUGGUGAACAAUCUGGGUGGCUAUCGGGUGAGUGCGGAUCUGGCUCCAGCAAGGGUGGCUUGGAUCAAGGCGGACACGAAGGCGAUUCUGGCCAUACAUGAGCAUGUCAUCACGAACAAUGCGCGUCUGUCGGUGACGCACAAUGACUUCAACACGUGGACGCUAAACAUCAGGGGCGUAAAGAGGGAGGACCGAGGCACGUACAUGUGUCAGGUCAAUACGGAUCCAAUGAAGAGCCAGAUGGCUUUUUUGGAGGUAGUAAUUCCUCCCGACAUAAUCUACGAGGAGACGUCGGGUGACAUGAUGGUCCCCGAAGGCGGAUCGGCAAAGCUGGUCUGCAAGGCGCGAGGUUACCCCAAGCCAAAGGUCGUUUGGAGGCGGGAAGACAGUGGGGAGAUCAUGGUCCGUGCCAAUGGCGUCACUAAAGCUCGUCGAGCUCAAGUUGAGGGGGAAAUGCUGACCCUGAACAAAGUGACGAGAUCAGAAAUGGGAGCCUACCUUUGUAUAGCUGCCAAUGGUGUCCCACCCUCUGUCAGCAAGAGGAUGAUGCUGCAUGUACAUUUUCACCCGUUGAUUCAAGUGCCCAAUCAGCUAGUUGGUGCACCCACCAACACAGAUGUCACACUGCAUUGCCACGUGGAGGCCUCGCCAAAAGCUAUCAACUAUUGGACCAGAGAGACAGGUGAAAUGAUCAUCAGCAAUGAGAAGUAUGAGAUGACAGAGGCGUCGAACUCUUACUACAGUGUGCAGAUGAGCUUAACAAUCAGACACCUGGACAAGUCUGAUUUGGGUGGCUAUAAAUGCAUAUCGAAAAACUCAAUUGGUGACGCUGAGGGGAACAUACGCCUCUAUGAAAUGGAGCUGCCAAAACAUUCUAAGCCCGCUCUCGGCGACGAUGAGAACGAACUACUAGAACCAGGCCAGCACCUGCCAACGGGACAACAGGGCUCGCUGCGGGAGUCGGACGGGACCGAGACGGGACGUGACGUCACCAGAAACGGCCAGUCGAGUGACGCCGCUCGUCUGUAUCCAAUCCACUUGACGACUGCUCUUCUGUUGCCACUUUCAACAUUCUACGUUGCGCUGUGAUCAGCUUAUCUACAUGAAUACUGUUGUAUCGAAUCAAGCAUUGUACAUAUCAAGUAUUGCCGGUGUAGAACUUUUAAUACAGAUCACUCUCCUUGAUAUAUAAUUUCGGGGCACCGAGCUUCGCUCGUUAUUUAUUUAAUGAUAAACGGAGCACAAUUAUUCAAAAUGAUUGGGGAAGGACAAACAGGCACAGCCCAAAACUGCUUCUUCCCCGAAUUUUGAUUUAUACACU